UCAAGCAUGGCAGCUCCCAGAGCACUUGUGCUCGGCCUUUGCGCCCUCCUGCUGGCGAUCGCCGUCGCCAAUGCCGAGGCGGCGUCCGUCGUCGUCGGUCUGGCCAAGUGCGCCGACUGCACCAGGAAGAACAUGAAGGCCGAGGAAGCUUUCAAGGGUCUUCAGGUGGCGAUCAAGUGCAAGAACAUCCACGGCGAGUACGAGAGCAAGGCGGUGGGCGGCCUAGACGGCACCGGCGCCUUCAGCGUGCCUCUCGCCGCCGACCUCCACGGCGCCGACUGCGUCGCGCAGCUCCACAAUGCUGCCUCCAACGCUCCGUGCCCUGGCCAGGAGCCGUCCAAGGUCGUCCCUGUCUCCGAGGGCACCACCUACGGUGUCGUCGCCGGCGCCAAGACUACCGCAGCGUCGCCAGAAUGCGCGUCCGUGACUAUGUGCGGGCCGAUCAAGAAGCACUUUCUGGAGCACUUCCACCACAAGAAGCCCGUACCGCCCAAGCCAGAGCCCAAGCCGCAGCCCCAUCCAGACUAUCACCCCGUACCGCCCAAGCCAGAGCCCAAGCCGCAGCCGCACCCAGACUAUCACCCUGUCCCUCCCACUCCCACUUAUGGCGGUGGAGGUGGACACUCCUCCGCUCCGAUCUACCACGCGGAGUCUAAGACCAUGUUGGGUCCGAUCAAGAAGCACAUCAUUGAUCACUUCCACCACAAGAAGCCUGUGCCACCAAAGCCGGAGCCCAAGCCCCAGCCCCACCCCGACUAUCACCCCGUCCCUCCCACUCCCACUUAUGGUGGUGGAGGUGGACACCCCUCGAGUCCGAUCUACCACGCGGAGUCUAAAACCAUGCUGGGUCCGAUCAAGAAGCACAUCAUUGAUCACUUCCACCACAAGAAGCCCGUGCCGCCAAAGCCGGAGCCCAAGCCCCAGCCCCACCCCGACUACCACCCCGUCCCUCCCACCCCUACCUACGGUGGAGGAGGUGGACACCCCUCGGCUCCGAUCUACCAUGCGGAGCCAUCGCAGACCAUGUUGGGCCCGAUCAAGAAGCACAUCCUUGACCACUUCCACCACAAGAAGCCCGUGCCGCCAAAGCCAGAGCCCAAGCCACAACCUCACCCGGACUACCACCCCGUCCCUCCCACCCCCACCUACGGCGGAGGAGGUGGACACCCCUCCGCUCCGAUCUACCAUGCAGAGCCGUCAAAGACCAUGCUAGGACCGAUCAAGAAGCACAUCCUUGACCACUUCCACCACAAGAAGCCUGUGCCGCCAAAGCCGGAGCCCAAGCCACAACCUCAUCCAGACUACCACCCAGUCCCUCCCACCCCCACGUACGGAGGAGGAGGUGGACACCCCUCUACUCCGAUCUACCACGCAGAGUCAAAGACCAUGUUGGGACCGAUCAAGAAGCACAUCCUAGAACACUUCCACCACAAAAAGCCUGUGCCGCCCAAGCCAGAGCCCAAGCCACAGCCCCACCCCGACUACCACCCCGUUCCUCCCACCCCCACCUAUGGCAGCGGAGGUGGACACCCCUCGACCCCGAUCUACCACCCUCCUUCCCAGCACUGAAAUCUAUAUGGUUUCAUGUUCAGAUCAGUGAGUGAUCGACACCGUUGCUAUUUAUGAUCAGUUGCAUGCACGGUGGGUUUUGGUAUUUCUACCGUUCUCUGCCCCCUUUUCUUAAGUAUCCUCGGAACUCAAAGUUCAGAAUAACAGUUAUGAAGGAUAGAGGGAUUUCAAGGAAAUGUACGGGUAAUGUGUGUUUCUUUGCCAAGGCUUGUAAUA